GUCACGGUAGUUACCACACCGGCCCUAGUUACACCUGAGGGAGAAAGUGAAGCGCUCCUCUGACAGCAGGAAGAAGACAUUUUUAUCCAUCUCUUGCUUCAGGAUGAGCCGCGCCGUGAGCAAGGCCGUGAGGAAGGUGGUGGGCAGCGAGCAGGAGGUGGCCAAGCAGCUGUGCACCCUGGUCGAGCACCUGUCCAACGAGGCCAUCGAGGCGCGGGGCAGGUUCACCCUCGGCCUGUCCGGUGGAUCUAUGACCAAGUUCCUGUGUGGUGGUCUGCCCUCCAUCGAGACAGAGUGGGAUAAGUGGUUGCUCUUCUUCUGUGAUGAGCGCCUUGUGGGGUUCAACGAUGACGACUCAACAUACAAAUCUUAUGCCGCUGGACUGAUUGGCAAGACUCCCUUAAAAGAGGAACAGUUUGUGAAAAUCAACCCAGAUUUGGAAGUGGAGGCUGCUGCCCAAGACUAUGAGGCAAAGGUUCGAGCCAAGUUCCCUGACAGUGAGUGGCCAUGCUUUGACCUGCUUCUGUUGGGGAUGGGACCCGAUGGACACACAGCCUCGCUCUUCCCUGGCCACCCCCUCCUGGAUGAAAAGAAAGUUUGGAUUGCUCCCAUCAGCGACUCCCCAAAGCCUCCGCCUUGCAGGGUUACCAUGACCUUUCCUGUCAUCAACAAUGCCCACUGCUGUGCCUUUGCUAUGGCAGGACAGGGGAAAGCUGACAUGGUGAAGGUAACUAUUAAUAUUACAGCGCAUUCUUGCUGAUGGCGAGGCGCUGCCUUCUGGCCUGGUACAGCCAACCAAGGGGGAGCUGAUGUGGAUACUGGACGAGGCAGCAGCAUCCAAGUUGUAAUGCAAAGAUUUGUACUUUUGUGUUGUAAGGUUUGGGAGUCAACAUUGACUGAGCAAGACAAGUACAUCACAACCACAAUUAUUGUCAGAAACACCUGUAUGGGUUAACAUGUUUUUGUUUUCUUUUGUAUAUCAAACAUACAUAGCCAUUGAGUUUGUUUUAAAUCCUCUAUUUGACACAAAAAUAACCAAACUGUACAAUCUCCCUGUUCUAGGCCAGUGUCCCCAAGAAGAAAUCAUAUGACCUGCUGCCAUCAGUGACCCCCAGUGCCUACCCCUGCAGUCCCCAUGACCUUCCUUCCCAGUAAUCACUAACAGUAGCCCAAUUGAGCACCACCACCAAAAUCCCUUAGCCCCUAACAACCCAGUACUAACAGUCAUAAUGCCUUAUCCACAUCCAUCUUUUCCUUUUACUGCUUUAGAUUUUCAUGUGUGGAUAAUUUCACUAUGCAAAAAAGAAAAUGUCUAGUUAUUCAGCUCAUCAUUGUUGGUGCUAUGACUUUGCUGUCUGAAAUACUGGUGUCAUUUUCAGAGGAACCAACUUUAUAGACUGAAGCAUUUGAAAUUGAAUAAUGAAGGAUUGAAGGACCAUGUACACGUACUGUCAAAUGCCAUCAAUAGAAAGGAUGCUAAGAGGAGAGGGUAGUUAUACAAGGGGGAAGGUUUGGUCAGAAUUUUUCCAUGACAGAAGGCAUUCCCCCUCAACCUGAGCCUGAUUGUAGCCAAAGAUAUGCUGCUGACAUUCCUCAGUAUUCACAUGUUUUUAUAUUUGUUCAAUUUUAUGAUGUUCAUACAUAUAUUUAGUGUCUAGUGGGCUAGUGGUAAACUGUAUGAGUUAUUAUCUUUUUAAAAUGGCUGUGUAUCUAUAGUGUAGGCAUAUAUGCUAGUAUAUAAAAAAAUAUAUAUAGCCAGUUGAAUUGUCAGUGUCCCAAAUUUUAUAUUUUUGUUAAAGUAAAAAGCAUAUAUUA